ACUAUUCGAAGUAUUUUAAAUGAUAUGAUAAUAUGUAAAGGAUGCUCAAUAUUUGACGAAAGACAUUGUUUGGAAGUUGUGAUUCAUGAGACAAAUCCAUCAGACUCUGUUCAACUUUUUACCUAUGAUACACAUAUCAACAUUGCUGAUGAUAUUGAUGAAAUCACAUCAUUGCUGGGUUCUACUACAUUGGAAGAGAAAAAUCCAAAAUCUGUUCCAGGUCUUCAUGAAGCCUAUGAAGCUCUCUAUGAAAUAAUUAGUUACCCAUUAAUAUAUCAAGACUUAAUCCAACAAUUAAAUAUCGAGUGUCCAAAAGGAAUUUUACUGUACGGUCCACCUGGUGUUGGAAAAACAUUUCUUGUUAAUCAAAUCUCUAAGGCUUGUGAUGCGAAAAUGAUUACUGUUAAUGGGCCCGAUAUUUUUGGGCCAUUUUUUGGUGAAAGCGAAAAGAGAUUGCGUGAUGCAUUUUCUCAAGCAAAAAAUUUGACAAUUAAAGAGAAUUGUCCAGUAAUUCUAUUUAUUGAUGAAUUGGAUGUAUUAGCGCCGCGCAGAACUGAAACACAAUUUCAUGAGACACGCGUUAUCGCACAACUCUUGACAUUAAUGGAUGGUAUGGAGUCGCGGGGUAGGUUAAUAGUUAUUGCGGCAACCAACCGACCAAACGCAAUUGAUCCGGCAUUAAGAAGACCUGGUAGGUUUGAUCGUGAAAUAGCUGUGGAUGUUCCUUCAGAGCAAUCACGUUUCGAAAUCCUGAAAUCACAAACAUCUAAAAUGCCUCUAGCCCUGUUGGCUUCCGUUACAAAUGGUUAUGUUGGAGCUGAUUUGGCUUCUCUUUGUCGGGAAGCAGCGAUGAACGCCGUUCAUCGACAAGUAGCACUUGAAAAGAAUGAAGUUGUAAACUUAAUACCAAAGAUAAAGAUGGACGACUUUACAGGUGCAAUGUUGCAUGUCGUACCGUCUCUACGACGCGGGUAUCAUAUCAAUGUUGGAAAGAUAAAUUGGGAUGACAUUGGAGGGUUAGAAGAUGUAAAAAAG